AUGGAAACACCUAAACGUUUAACAACAAUAACUAUAACUGAUACAUCAUCAAAUGUAUCUGAAUCAUCUGGUGGUCUUGCAUUUGAAGUUAAAUUAGCUGAAUCAUCACCACGUCAUGGAACAAUUCAACCACCAUUACAUUUUCUUUCACCAAGUGGAAAAACAAAUCAAAAUGAUUUAAUCACACCAUUAACACCUGAAAGUAUAACUGAAAAAUUAAAACGUGCUGAAGAACGUCGACUUAGUCUUGAACAACUUCGUUCAACAUUACUUGCUGCCGAAAAUAAUCGACCAGGUGAAAUAAGUAAAAUUAAAGAUCAACAAGCUGAAGAAUUUCGAAAACAAACUGAAGAAAAAUUACAAAAGAAACUUGAAUCAGCUAAAGAAAAUCGUGAACGUGUUCUACAAGCUAAAGUUGAAAAAGCAAAAGCACCUAUUGAAAAAGGUCUUGCUGUUGUUCAACAAAAUUUAGCUAAACUUGAAGAAGAACGACAAUUAUUACAAGAAAAAAUUAAUCAAAAAUUAAAUACAGCUGAAUCAAAUCGACAAGAACAAUUAGAUCGUUUAAUGGAGAAAUUAAUUGAACAUGAUAAAAAAAUUGAAAUUAUUAAAAGUCAAACAAGAGUGGAAACAAAUUUAACUGAAGAAAUGGAAUAA